CAAUGUGUUGAUGUGAUCGAUGAGAGCUGAGCUGGUAGUGUAAGAUCCUCAAUUUCCACUCCUGUUUUGAACUAUCUGUCUUAUAUAUAAUCAGUUAUACUUCAACAAGAAAUGUGCUAAUCAAAAUACAUCAGUCAUUUUAUCAAAUAACAACGAAUACGUCGUCAGAAGCUGAAAAUAACAAGGCCAAUAUGGCUGCCAAGGCCCUAACUAAAACAAGCAGUGUUGUCAAGUAUUUUCCMAAUUUACGAGCAGUUGUUAAUCGCACAAGGGCAUGUAUACCAUGUGUGCACCUAAGUACAUCAAGCAUUGGAACCGCCAGCCACCAAGAUAAAAAAUUCUCAGAUAAGGGGUGGRCAGAAAGCAGACUGGGACCAUUUGCAACAAGAGACCCAAGGUUCCCUCUUCCUGGCAAUAUGGGUGUGGUUGCUGAUAAAGAUGAGAAGACAGCUUCUUUGAAUACAAAAUCUCUUGUAGAUGCACUACUGGAAGCUCCUUCUGAUGAAGCACACAAAAUGGACGUCAUGGGAUGUUUUCUUGAUAAUGUGGCUGAAAUGGAGGAAUCUACUUCUGAGGAAGUGCAGAAUGAAAAAGACUCAGAAAUCAAACAGCAAGCUGGAGCUGUGGAGUGCAGUGUGCAGACCUGUCCAAAUUUUCUUCAUCGUGGUUUUAUGGAGCUCUUUCCAGACAAGAAGCUUAAACCUAGUGAACUGACUAUUAUCAACAUCAGCCAGUUUACCAAAAAUGACAUGAGUGCAUGGUCACUGGAAAUUGAAGAAGAACGCGAGACCUUCAUGAAAAAUUUUGUCGAAAGUGCAAAAGAAAUCUGCAUGAACUUGGCUUCAGCUGGAUACUGGGCWGAUUUUGUAGAUCCUUCGUCAGGAACUGCUUACUUUGGACCUCACACGAACACGACCUUAUUCGAGACAGAUGAGAGAUUUAACCAUCUUGGGUUUAAUGUUCUUGAUCUUGGUUGCUGUAAAGUGAUUAGUCAUCACCUUUGGGGAACACAUGUGUUUGUUGGCAGUAUUUUUACUGAUGCUCCCACUGAUUGUGACAUUUUAGCCAAAGCUUUGCAGCAAUAGUAAUAGUCAUUUAUCUCCAACGGAAUUGCAAAAAAAAAUGAGAUAUUAUUCAGUUUCAAAUCACUGUGGUUAAAUAUAUUUUUAAAACGAUAGUAAUACCAACUAAAAUAUAUGGAAAUGUUGAUAUCAAGUUUGAAAUAUAAGAUAUGUAUACUGUUUUAUUUGUCAUGCAAAGUAAAUUACGAAAAACGUCUUCAUC